UCUCCUACUAGAAAAACCUUAAUGUUCGACUUUCGUUCCGGUUACAUUUACUGUCAUUACAAACGUUUAAAUACUCACAUGUUAGUAAUACAUGACUAGUUUUUAAACAGUAAUUAUAUUUAAUUUUUGGGUUAAAUGGAAGGGGUGCCUUGCCUCCGUGUGCAUCAGUGUGAUGCACAGGAUUUCAGACAACAACUGCAGUCCCGAACAUUCCUGGACCGAGGUUUAGUUGUAGUAAAAGAGCCAACUGGGACUGUCCUUCUGCCAGUUGUUCCAUCAUGUUUACCACAGCUGGAUGUGACAUCUCCAGGCAGGAACUGUGAACUAGUUUGGUGUCAGCCUUCUCUGCUAAAAAAGAAGGAGAAAGGCAAGGGGAGAGGUAAGAAGCUAGAGGAAGUCCUCCAGAAGUUGGUAGAAGGCCAUGGAGAAAAAUGGACAGAGGAGCUGAGGAGUGAUCUGCCUCGCAGCUUUCAGCAACAUGGAGAUUUAGUCCUACUUGGGGACAACUGUUUCUCUGCCCCUCCAUGGAAAAAAAUGGACCACCAGCUCUGGCAUGCAGUAGCCAAAGGCAUGGGGGCUAAUCGCCUGGCAAGGAUGAGCCGAAUAUGCAGCGACAGGUUCAGGUCUCCUAAAGUGACAAUGCUCUUGGGAGAGCACAGCUGUGUUAAACAUGUUGACAAUGGCAUCACGUAUGAGUUUGAUGUCACCAAAUGCAUGUUUUCAGCUGGAAAUAUAACAGAGAAGCUGCGGGUUGCUGGAUUCGACUGCAGGGGUGAAACCGUAGUUGAUUUAUAUGCAGGUAUAGGAUACUUUACACUUCCAUAUCUGGUACAUGCCGGCGCAGCACAUGUGCACGCCUGCGAGUGGAACCCGAAUGCCGUCGAAGCGCUACAUAAGAAUCUUGCGAUCAAUGGAGUCCAUGACCGCUGCACAGUUCACCCAGGGGACAAUCGACAAGUGCAGCUGUGCAGUGUUGCCGACAGGGUCAACCUUGGCCUCAUACCCAGCUCAGAAGACGGCUGGCCGGUCGCCUGUCGCUUGCUGAAGAAAACAACUGGUGGUAUUUUACACAUUCAUCAAAACGUUAAAUCGCCAUCGGCCGGACAAAUAACGGAUGACACGGGCCACGGUGCACACGGGAAGCGUGCUGACAGAGAGGUGUGGCGGGCCUGGGCUGCUGAUGCUGCAAACUGCAUUGGCUCUCUUUUGAAAGAACUCACUUGUACAGAAUGGAGAACGACCAUCCAACAUAUUGAGCAUGUGAAGUCAUAUGCGCCUCAUGUUCACCAUGUCGUGCUGGACUUGGAGUGCAGACCAUCUUGACCAAAGACGUGAGAUAGAAAGACUGGUUAUACUUGUAUGACUUCCACUUCAGUCAUAAGCCCUGCAUGGGUUUGGCCACCAUGAUGGUAAGCAGAAUCCAGAAACAUUGCAUUGUGAAGACAUCCUCGGCACACUGUUCAGCCAUUAAUUGUGCUAAAUAGAUCAUCCAAAAGACCAGAUAUGUCAUUUUUCAAGUUUCCCAAAGACAAAGAAAGGUAUGUGUAAUAAAAAUGUUGUAGAUUUAUAACCCUGGUAGUUGUAAAUAAACAGGACAGUGGCAAAAUUCAAAGUGUAGUCCCACACAAUAUAUCCUAAAGCUACUUUGUUUCUCUGGGUGAUUAGCUGAAUUAAUGACAAGUCAGUGAUUAUAAUGAGUUAGGUUAUAGUCUAUCAAAUAUAUUAACAAUCCCAUUACCUAAAUAAAUGUUGCAUUGUGUAAAUACUUGGAGUUAAUUAUCCGUAUAAUGUAAGUACUUUUAUAUAAAAUUUUUGUUGUGCCUUAUGGUCAUGAAAAAAAGAACCAGAAUUUUUGUAUCAACUUAAUGGAAUGGUAAUUAAUCGGCUACUAGAAUGGUAAUUAUGCCAAGUGUGGUCCUACCACACUUGCAGGUCAAUAGAGUAAAUCUAUGAUGAUUCUCAGAUGAUGAUGAUUCCUCUCUCGCAUGACUUUUGGGCCAUGUAGGUUUGAAUUUUUUUCUCCCUUAAUCAUAAAAAUUAAAAAAAAACUAAUAUUUAAAUUACUUUGAUGAUCUGAAACAUUUAAGUGUGAAACAUGCAAAAAAAUAAGAAAUCAGGAAAUCACACCACUAUGUAUUUUUCAUGUUCAGUAAACAUUAAUUUAUAUCAUCAAAGUGUAUGCACUGCCCACAACUUUUACACUCAGCUCAGCACUAGUGAAUACAUUGUACACUGUUGUGCGCCUAUCCCCGCCCAGCUGUCUUGCUUACCAUCAUGGCGGACUUUCUGCUCCAUGGUGUACACUCUGUUACAUACUGUAGACAGUGUUAUCCAUCUAGCGUCCUUGAUUUUGAUCACUUCUGUUUCAAUGGCGUUUAAGGACUGACAUUGUUAACAUUAAUGAUACAUGCCAGUAUCAUAAAAAACUGCCGUAUACACGCAGGGAUACAUUGUGCUUGUCUACGACCAUGCACUUUUUUAUAGACUAACCUCUGCCUUUUAAGGAAAUGCCCUGUAUUUUUUAUAACAGAUUUAUGUCUACAUGUGGUCUUUUUCAUGGAUGGAUGUUUUCUUAAAUAUAUUUUCUUAUUAUAUUACCAAUCUAUCUUUUUUGGUUAAAUUUGCUUGCAGCAAAAUACCUUCUGUGAAUUUCAUUUUUAAUCUAUUGACAAGUGGAACUAAAUAAGUGGGACAUGCAUUCAGUGUCACUACGGACAUGUAUCGGGCCAGGUAAAGACAUUUAAGUAAAUGUGUUUUUGCAAUGACGUUUGCACAAAUUAAAAACAC